UCCCUCUCCCCAUUCAAAAAUAUCUCCCCCGCCUGAAAUUCCGAUCGGCGAUAGCACAGCCAGAACCCCGACGGUUACUCCGAAAUCUCCGGCAAUCGGAGCGUACGUUGAUUCGCAGCAACAACGCGCAGUAUUCCUUGGAGCUAUUCUCCAGAUCUCAUAAGCUCAAGAAGGCAGUCUUCUUGAAGGAAUUCGGAUGUGGCCGAAUAAUGAGAAUCAGAGAGGAAACUCUCCUCCUACGUUCCAGCAGCUUCUGAUCGGCAAUGCGGGCAAUGCUAAUCAGCAGUCAACGGCGGGAACCCAAGCGGCUAACGUUGUCUCCGGUACUGGAAGGUGGAGCAGCAAUGUUCCCUUGUCUUCCAUCGCAACGGCGGCAAUGGUCCUGCAUCAGCAAACAGGUUUCCCUAAUCUAACUCCCGCGUUUGCGCCGAUUUCCUCUACCGUCGGAUUACCUAUGUCCAUCGAUCAGAGGAACCGGGCGUUCGAAUUUUGUGACGCGAGUACGAGCUGCAGGCCAAAGAAGGCUUCCAAGCAGCCUGGCUACUCUUUCUCGCAGCAGAUUCCUUCGCUAAUGGGAGAUUUUAACGUCGAAGUUGAUGCGUUGUUAAACAAUUUCAUUAAGACGAUUAAUGAUAGAGUUCAGCUAUCGCAAAUGAGGUACUUGAAAUCGAUGGUUGCUUACAUCGAGCAGAUGGCAUCGAAGCGUAUUCAAGAAAAGGAAGCCGAAGUGCAGAACGUGAAUUGGAAAAAUUCUGUGCUGGAGGAGAGGAUUUUGAAAUUGUGCUUCGACAACAAUAAUUUGGAAAAUCGUGCCAUUCAAAAUGCAAUAUUAGUCUCCCAGCUCAAGGCGACCCUAAAACAAGCUAAGGCAGCGCCUCCGCUGGCGGGGCUUCUGCCGGCGAUCGAGGGUAUGGGCGAUACUGACGGGACGCCAUUUCCUGCUAAUGACGAGCAGUCCUGCUUCAAGAUCGAGGACGUGACGGCAGAGAGCAACGAGAAAGUUUACGGAAAGAUGACUUGCAGGGUUUGCCGGAAGAAUGAAAUUUCCGUUGUCGUUCUCCAUUGCCAUCAUCUUUGCUUGUGCAUGGAAUGUGAGAUGAAGGUUGACCGAUGUCCCAUCUGUAAUAGCUCCAAGGACGCCUCCAUCCAAGUCAUAAUGCCUUGAAUCGCCAUAAAGAAGAUUGAUCCAUCUACUCUUGGUUAGUAACAGGUAAUAGAUUCGGACGCAUCAAACCGAUAUCUUCCUUCUUCUUUUCUUUCUUUUUGUUUGUUUGUUUCACAUGGCUUACAGUAUACCGUUUUUUGAAUUCCGUUUUCAGUGGGUGAAUGGUGAUUUGUACCCUUGGACAA